UGAGCUGUGGUUUUUGCUCGGAAAUGGGAUUUUCGCGAUGAAUUUGUUUUUCUGAAGGUCGCGGACUGCUCCCCUCCUCCUGUAUCUCUCUGUCAGCCUAUGACGUACUUUAGUGUUAUGUUACCAUGCAGUGUCUUCCACGACGCCAGACGGUCUUCAACUUGCAACUCAGCAUUCGCAAUUUUUAUAAAAAAAAUCAGGAUUUGCGACCGUUUGCCAGUGAUUUCCCUGCCAAUGUCAUUCUCCAUGUUUCGAGCAGUCCCUGGCUUUUCCCCAUGUGCCCAGGGAUCAUCGUGACAAACAAGGUGCAUGGAUUUUGUAGCUGUCUAAUGUCUAUGGAAGUUCGCUUUUGUGCCGCUUUCAGACUGUGGGAAACGAAUGGGGUGGAAAAACAUGUGGGCGAGACAUCUGCUCCAGCUGGAGGGUUGAAUGAAGCCGAGAUGAAUGGACUGGGAAAAGAAAAGUUGUCUUCACUCUCAAAACGGUACGGUAGAAACAAGGAAGAGAGAGAGAGAGAGAGAGAGAGAGAGAGAGAGAGAUGUUGCACACACUUAACAAGACGUGUCUCGUCAAGACAAUGA